GUAUGCUAUCAUUUUAUUCAUAUACAUGCCUAUACUUAUCUAUCUAUUGCGAUUCGCAUACAUAUCUCCGGCUUUUUAUGCACCUAUCUACUGUGCUCAGUCAACGGCCUAACAAUAUAAAUAAAACAGCAAUGUACUUUAAUGUCUAAUCUAAUUUGUUAUGUUAUUGUUUGGUUUAUCUGUAUAACCCUAAAAUAUCGACCUACCUAAUUUUUGUUUGGUAUAUUACGUUGUUUGCCUAAUAUUAUUUCUAUGCGUUUAUGUAUUUGUUACUAUACCAUUUUGUAUUUUUUUUGUUUUGUUGCCCUGUAUCUUUUGAUUUGUAACCACCUUUUUGUAAUCAUGUUUUUGUUUUAAUUAUAUUUUGUUACACGCAAAACCGAGCUUUUUAUUUCCAAUCUUAAACUUCGCAAAUAUUUUUUUUACCUCAUAUUGUAUUUGAAACUGAAAGGGGGUACAGAAAUAACUAAUUUUAACAGCCGGAAAUAUCGGUAAAAUAAAUAUCAUUCAGCCUCAUAAUAUAGUACCUAGCCUACGCACAUUAAUGCCUAUCCAAUAACAUGGUACGCGCCUGUAUAUUUAGUUACUAACCUGAACCAACCUUACCCAUCACUCCCUAUUCCAUGCAUCAUGUAAAUAACUUUGUUCAGUUGCUCUUCACAGCUUGUAGUGUUGUUCCCUGUAUCUUACUACAUUUUAUCAUAAAAAUGAUAGAUUAAUAGAUAAUGUGGUUAAAAUACGAUCGACGAAGUAUUUAGUUUAAAUAUAAAAUUUACUAAACCAGACCAUAUAAAUUAAUUUUAACAAAAUUGGGUGAAAAAAGUAAUGACAUUGUCUACUCGAUUUUUAAUAACUCUUGUUGUCACACCUCUUACGGCAAUGACUGUUAAUUAUUAGAAUACCUACGGAUAAGCAAUGAUAACACAGGCAUACAAAAUUUUGUUUUAAAAAAUACAGCUACAAAUUUUUUUUUUGUAUCUAAGUAUAAUCUAUGAAGAAGCUGUAUUGUAUACCUCACACAGUACACUAAUCAAACCAUUCAAUCAAUUCCCAUGUACCCUCGCUUUUUAGCACAAAAUUAAUCUUCUAAACAAACAGUCCAGUCCGUAUUAGAAAUGUGAAUAAAAGAAAUUGAGUAAUAGAAGAGUGGUAGAAUUUUCAUCGAAUUGUGAAGCCUAAUAACAAGCUUACACUUAAGCUUCAGAAUAGUCUCAUAACUCCAGGUGGCAGAAGUUGAAAAUGGGGGAGCAAAGAGGUCGCCAUUAGUUUCCCAGCACACUGGGGCGUAGGCGUCGGGGGUGUGGCACGGGGCGUGGGGGUCCCCGUGCCACCCCCUGGCGACCUACUCGCCACUAUCUCCAUGUUCGAACAGCAAAUCAAAGCUGAACCUAUGAGUUUCUACACAUCUCAUCCACACGUACAUACCGGUCCCCCAACAAUAAUACGUUCAGAUUCAAGCCAUGCAUCCAUUAUUUCAAUGAACCAACAUCACCAAGCACACCAAGAGGAUUCUAAAGAUAGCCUCAUAGUACAACAGCAAGUACAACAUCAGCAAGAUCUCAUGGAACACCACCAACAACAACAAGAAAUGCAACAAGAUGAUGAGUUGAGCUUUAAAGGCAUGGACGACGAAGGAGUCGAUAUGGACAUGGACGGACGACAGUGCCCUCAGGGUAUGGGGGUGGACAUGGGAUCAGUUCAAACUAAAAUGGAAGUCGCAAAUGGGGGUCAAUCGACACCGCGAUCUAAACCUCAGGCCUGUAAGGUCUGUGGCAAAGUACUGUCGUCUGCUUCAUCUUACUAUGUUCACAUGAAGCUACACUCAGGCAACAAACCGUUUCAGUGUACUGUAUGCGACGCUGCUUUUUGCCGUAAGCCAUACCUAGAAGUGCAUAUGCGCACACAUACAGGCGAGCGCCCCUUCCAGUGCGAUCUCUGCCUUAAACGAUUUACGCAGAAAUCCAGUCUCAACACGCACAAACGUGUUCAUACAGAUGAGCACAUGCGCGCGUUGAUGGUGAAGGACCGGCCCUACAAGUGUGAUCUCUGUCAGAUGCGGUUCACGCAGAGCUCCAGCCUCAACCGACACAAGAAAAUACACACGGAGGAACACAGACGUGCGCUGCUGGCUAAGGAUCGGCCCUACCAGUGCGGCAUCUGCUUUGUGAGAUUCACCCAGAAAUCAAGUUUGGGCCGGCACGGAAAAAUACAUACCGAGGAGCACAGACGAGCCCUGUUAGAGAAAGUGCGGCCGUACCAGUGCCACAUCUGUUUUAUGCGCUUCACUCAGAAGUCCAGCCUGGGACGACAUGGGAAAAUACACACUGAGGAGCACAUCCAAUCGCUGAUCAACAAAGUGCGCCCCUAUCAAUGCGACAUCUGUGACAAGCGGUUCACUCAGAAGUCCAGCCUUGGCACUCAUAAACGUAUACACACCGGGGAGCGGCCGUUCCAGUGCACCGUCUGCCUCAAGUCCUUCACGCAGAAGUGCGCGCUCAAUUUGCACGAAAAAAUACAUACGGGCGAGCGGCCCUAUCAGUGCGACGCGUGUCUGAAGCGCUUCACGCAGAAGUCCAGCCUCAAUAUACAUAAGAGGACGCACACAGUCCAGGGCAGACCGUUCCAGUGCCUGUCGUGCCCCGCCGCCUUCACCUGCAAGCAAUACCUGGAGAUACACACGCGCACGCACACCGGCGAGCGGCCCUAUCAGUGCGACAUCUGCCUGAAGCGCUUCACACAGAAAUCCAGUCUCAACAUCCACAAGCGGACGCACUCAGUGCAGGGCCGGCCCUUCCAGUGCCUGCAGUGCCCCGCCGCCUUCACCUGCAAGCAGUACCUCGAGAUCCACAACCGCACGCACACCGGCGAGCGACCCUACCAGUGUGACGUAUGCCUCAAGAGAUUCGCGCAAAAAUCUACACUCAAUAUACACAAACGAACGCACACAGUGCAAGGGCGUCCAUACCAAUGCAUGGAGUGCCCGGCGGCGUUCACUUGCAAGCCGUACCUGGAGAUACACAUGCGCACUCACACGGGGGAAAGGCCGUUCGAGUGCGAUGUCUGUUACAAACGCUUCACGCAGAAAUCCACGCUCAACAUUCACAAGCGAAUUCAUACCGGUGAACGUCCGUAUGCUUGUGACAUCUGCCAGAAACGCUUUGCUGUGAAGAGCUAUGUAACUGCGCACAGAUGGUCGCACGUGGCCGACAAGCCGUUGAACUGCGACCGCUGCUCGAUGUCGUUCACGUCGAAGUCUCAGUUCGCUCUGCACAUCCGCACGCACUCCACCGGCUCCUGCUACGAGUGCAGUGUCUGCGGCCGCUCCUUCGUGCGAGACAGCUAUCUGAUAAGACACCACAACCGUGUCCAUCGCGAGAAUCAUAGCAACGUGUCGGCCAACAGUAUCGGCACCAUCAACAGUGUUGCUACCAACACCAACAACUCUAACAACAGCAACUUUGAUUCUCCCGGCGUUUGUGACUUAAGACGGCAAUUUCUUUCCAGCUUUGUACCAAUGGUAAAUCGCUACAUGACAUCUCAAGGAACUCAAGUCUCCAUGCAAGACACGAGCAAAAUGUCUGCGAUGUCGCCACAGUCUAUUGCAUCUAUUUCGUCACCUCCCCCUUCGCAUACUCCAACGCCGCAGCCCCAGAUGCCCGGUCAAAUGCAUCUUGCAGAUUGAUCACCAGUUUUAGCUCUUGGUUGAACAGGAAGCAGCCAGAGUGCAAUAAUAUAUAUUUGGCAGCCAUCAACAAGAGCAGCUAUCAUUCAGAAUGAUAUAAUUGAGAGCAGAGGAGACAGGCAGCUCCUCGCUAGGAUCGUCAGCAUGGACUCAUGCACUUUUAUUUGUUUAUUAUAUUUGGAGUUAUUUAUUUAUACACUGUUGAUUUCGUCGGGCGUGGUGUGAGCGCCAGCAAGGCUGCGCUGUUGGAUUGUAUCCGCGUGUGGAAGGUGGCAGAGAGGAAUCGAGUUGGUUUCGUUACGCUUGUGGAAUCCCUCGAUAACACCAGGUGGACAUCACAAUAGAGACGAGGAUGUAGUGAGUAGUCACGUAGCGGUACCGCCUAUGAUAAUAUAUGCAUUGUGAUUUAUACCUACAACUGUGAUUUAUCUAUACCAUCACACGAUUAUAUUAAUUUCUGUGGUGGCGUUUAUAAAUCAAUACUUAAAAGUCUCAUCAUGAUAGAUUGUAGGCCUAAAAUUUUUGAUCUCAUAUUCUAAUUUGCUUAGUGAUAAAUUUUGGAAUCGUAAAUGGUAAAUCUCCAACUUAAAAAUUCUAAAUUUUAAUGUUCGUCAUUCGCUUGUCAUCGUCAUACCCAUCCUUCAUUAGUCGUAGUGAAAUGUAACAAUAUCUUAUUGCGAUGCUUUAACUUAGAACGUGUCAGUGUAUAUGGAAGUUCAGUAAUUUUAUAUAGAACUGUUACUGGUGAGUGGUAAAGUAUUUUGAUCGCUGAAGAAUAUAAGGGACUCUAGAUAAUACUCCUCAAGAUUAAUCCAUAAGAAUACUAUAAAUAAAAAUCAGGUUUCAUAUAAAAAUAAUAAUAAUAGUAAAUAAGAAGUACAAAUAAUAAUUCCAUAAACUAGCAGUCCUGAGAGGCAAUAUUGAAAGCUUCACAAAAUUAAUAACUUUUAAUAUGAUGUUUAUUGGAGAAAUCCAGAGAAGUGCCUGUUGCAACAUAAAAUUGGCAAUAUUUUUUAAACGUAUUACGUUCAGAAUAAUGUUAUGUUCAGUGUUCAAUGUGAGGGACAUCGGCCGGAGUACGCUUUAGUGUGUCUUACAGAAUAAGUGAGUGCUGGGUGUUAGUGGUGAAGUGGCCGACUGGCCGUACAUAACAGAGAGCAUAAUUUGUGAAGCUUCUUACUAAACUUUGUGUGCCUUCUAGCGGUUAGCGACAUUAGGCAAUAUCAAUCAUAACACCAUCGAUAAACUUCAUUUUAUAUUUCUGAUGAGAUUGAAUAUUCAUAUAAAGUGUAGUCAUCAUAAAACAUUGUUACAUAAUUAUUUACCCAUUUAGGAUAUCGCAAUAUACAUACAUAUAUACAAACGUAUUUUGGCAAGAGGCAGAACUUUAUUUCAUUACUGUUUUUCGAAUAAUAGUAAUAAUGAAUAGUGUAUAGUGCAGUAGUCUUCCAAUACCUUGAGACAGUUCUUGCGCACCGAGCUGUGCAGCUAAAGUGUCCGCUGCGGGGGUUCCUUAUGGUUUGCCAUUAUUGAUAUCAAAGAUAGAUUGGUGCCAUUUCUAUGUAAAUGAUGUGGUAGUGUAAGUUUAGUUAAGUCUGCAGGUCAGGGUAGAACUGGAAAUAAAAUAUUGUAAGAGCUCUAAUAUGUAAUACAUAGUGUUAACCGACAUUUAUACCUUUGUUUUACAACUUCCCGUGUUGUUAUUUUGAUACAUUAUUUUAUUUCCAUGUGUGUGUCCAUGUGCUGGUUCAGCAAAUGUAAAUAUUGGUAGUGUUUAUUUAUUCAAGUAUAUCGAGAAAACAUUCAAAAUUAUAAUAUGAGUAUGAUUUGUAGGAAUGUCUCAUUCUACAGUCAUACCGAAUAUCGAACUGAGAAUAUAAUUGGAAUUAAUGUUAGACUUAGCGCAGAACUAUACUUUGGGUACUAUAAAGAUCAAAAUUUCUUGUAGAUGUACAUAAGUAUACAUAUAAUAAUAAUAUAUACAUAUGAAUGUUGUUUGAUAGUCCUCAAUAUUUUUUUAUAUUUUGAUAGUUCUGUAUUUGAAAGAGACACGAAAAAAAUAGGCCAAUAUCUCAUUAUCAUUUUAAAAUAAAUGUGUACACCGUAUGUUAAGGUAUAAAGUAAAGUAAUAUGAGGAUGCAUUUAGUUGCCCACAAAUUUUAAGAGUAACAUCUAAACUUUUCCGUAUAUUAAUAAAAUCUUAACGUCUUUAGUAAGUUUCUUACCAAGCCAUUGAUAACAGUAUUAUUUAGACAAACUAGAACUUGGGUUUAAAGAGUAGUAUAAAACUUUCAGAUACCAUUAUAAAAUGAUCACCAUUGAAAUUUUAAAACCAUAGUUAUCAAUAGUUUGUAUGUAACAGCAUUGAUAGGGACAACACGUAUUAGGUGCCUUUCAAUGCUGUAUACCGUAUAUUAUUAUAUUAUCCAUAGAUAUUAUGAAUGGAAAUAGAAACACCAACAUAGUGACCUAGGUACAUAAAUACAUAUAUAAAUAAAUAUAUAGAUGUGUCUCAGCUCCCCGAUCUCUUGCCGAGGGUGAUUGUUUCUUUUUGAAUUCUAGGAUUAGUAAUAUAUUUUUGUUAUUAUUAUUAUAUGUUCACUGUCUUUAUGAUUGUUUUAUCUUUAUUACAUUGCCCUAUCGUUGCUUCACCCUCGCCGAGCGAAUAGGUGCGCUGAGGGCACGCGGGCUUUGUUAAUUACGAAAUAUGCUCUCACUUCUUAAUCUUUCACACAGAGUAUAAUUCAUAUAUUUAUAUUGGUAAGAGGAAAAUCUUUUCUCAGUGAAUAUAUUUCGUAAUAAAUAAGGGUCACGAAAUGACAGUGAAGGCCACAGGUUGCACCUUGAUUUUUAAGAGCUGCUAAGUAUACGUUGAACUUGCAACGUGUGUGCCUUCAUUGUGUAACUAUUUUACAUACCGAUGUUAGUUAACCUAUAUUAAGAAGUGCAUAUUGAAACCCUUGAAUUUACGUAAUUACAAAAGUGGUGGUAUGAUUUUUUCUCCGACUACUUUUUUUUUGAACCGUAGAAAAGACUGAGGAAUUCACAACGUUAAAAGAAUACUCACGUGAAAUAUAUUGGCAGUGUUAGAUUGUGUUGUUGUUAUUUUGUUGUUAACAUCAGAGCGGUUGUGGUUGAUGGACCAACCAGUGUCUUUGUAAGCCGUUAUUCAAUUUUGGUUAAAGAAAUCGUACAUAUCCUUCCCGUGAAUGUAUAACGUAUACUUCCCUCGUCGAGGCAGACUACUAGUCUAGGGGGCCGAGCGCCGCCGACCAGUUACACUAAACUUGAUCGUGGUAGUUUUAUGAAAUAACAGUGAGCCUUGUGUAAUCAUAAUGUCUAAGGUACAUAAAUAUUUAGUUCUAUUGUAUCGUUAGAUUUACGUGAACUUCCGCUUUGCCAACAUAUUGCGUUGCUUACAUUAUAAUCAUACGAGAGUACAGCCUAAGGAUUUUAACUUUUUUUAUAUACUGAGAGCUAUUUCUAAGUCACUGGUUUUAUACAAUUUCUAAUUAUACGCUAAACAAAAAUAAACGGCUGAAAGCCACACUUUACCAAGUUUUGGAGUAUUUUACAUCCCUUUGAGUGCAAUUUUUAUUAAAAUUCAAUACAAACAUCAUGGCAUGAUGAUAAUUUGUGCGGUCAUUUAGUUAUAGCUCUUCAGAGUUUUGAUGACCAAUAUUUUAACUACUACCGUUUUUUCUUUAUUGUUAAAAUUUUUAGGCUAGUUUAUAUUUGAAAUAAGUUAGAUUUGUUAAUUGUGGUGUAUUACAUUUACAUUGCACGUGAUUAUAGCUCUCACAGCCUCCUUUACAGGUGAUUAUUUAGUUAUUUUGUAGUCUGAAAUGAUUGUGAUAAAUUUAUUAUUAUAAUUAUAUUGGUUUGUUUUGUAGAGCUGAAGUCUUUCAUAUUGUUUGUUGUUGAUACUUUGAGUAUACAAUCUGCGAGGUGACGUAGCGGUAGACGGUAGGGAGAGGCUGUUAGAGCGUUUAUGUAGUCAGCAUUAUAUAUAUGCUUUAAUGUGAUUUUUUAAAUGUACUCUUUAUUAUAGUCUCAUCAAUCAAUAUUAUAAUUAGCGAACUAACAAAACAUUUAAUUUUUUUCAGUUCAUAGUGAUUUAUAUUGAGAUCAAAAUAAAUACAGAGUUUAUAUUUUAAUUUUAUGGAAAAAAUAUACAUUGUAAAAUUAUUGUUUAGUGCUCAUUUUGCAGAGCUCUAAUAAAAAAUGAAACUAUAUGAAUGCAAAAUAACAAGUCACGAUUCUUUUAGAAGUCGCCAUGUAGUGGAAAAAAAUAAACGUGCCAUGAUAUUUGUGGCUA